GCACAAUCAGCAGGUAAAAAUUAAACUUUUAUUUUCAAUCCGAGUUCAACCGGGAAGAAAAUUGCUCGGGUCGUUCCAUUCCGUGGGUUUUGUUGUGGGUGGUUUUUUUUUUUUUUAAUAAAAAAAGGCCAAAUAACUAUUUAUAUUUUUUUUUGUUUGUUUGUUUUACUGGUGGGUGCUCAACCCAGGAAGGACACAAGGACAAACCCCCCCAAUCAAGCGACGGAUCCCGAGGAAAACACGUUCUAAGCUCAGCACUGAGACGCAACCGGGGGAAGCUGGGAUGGACGAGGUUUAUUUUACACGUGAUGAGAAGCAAUUAUUCGGGUUGUUUUUUUUUUUUUUAAAUCGUUCUUCUUCCUUUUUUUUUUUUAAUUUUUUUUUUAACUCUUUUAUUUAUUUAUUUAUUUUAAAUACAGGUUUUUAGGUGCUUUUUCAGCUAUGAAAAAAAAAAACAACAAAAAAAAAAGGCAAAAAAGUGCAUAAAGUUGAGAGAAAAGGCAGAAAUCAAGCAGUUAAGAGGUUUGUUUCCCACGGCGGGGGUGAGAGGGGCACGGGAGGGGAGAAUUUAGGGACUGGAAUGGUUUUGAAGGAGGAUUAAAAAAAGGUCGGUAUCCCAAAAAAGGGAAUUUCCUGUGUUAUUUGGUCCAUUAAAAAAGGGUUUAUUCACAUUGAUGCUCCCCCCCACCCCAAUUCCCAGACAAGAAUUAAGAAUGAUUAAGAAGAUUCAGCAGGGAGGGGAGGCUCCCCCUGCCCUUGUGCUCCCUGUUUUAGCACCAGCCGGGAUUCCCAGCCCAUCCUGGCUGCUCCCGUCCCUGAAUCCCUGUCCCCAAUUCCCUUUUCCUGAUCCCGCUGUGCCCAAUCCCAGCCCCCAGAGCAAGGGACGUGUCCCCAGCAGGACACGGAAUGUUCCUUAUUCCCGUUUUUCCAGUGGGAACGCAUCCCGGGACCCCGCAGGGACUCCCGCUCCUCCCUCCCUGCUCAAUUCCAGUUUUUCCCGAGCCUGACCCGCCCCGGCCCCUCCGGAGCCCGGAGGAGAAGGGACAGGGACGUGCUUUGGUGUUUUGGUCCAUGACCAUCCCAAAUUGGUCCCAAAAAGCCGCAGCCGGCGCUGGGAAUGAGGCUGGGGGUGGCUCGGGGUGUCACAGCCCCCAGGGGACAAUCAGCGCUCAGCAGCGGGAGAAAAACAGGAAAAUUCUGGGGGGGAGGAAAAUGCUCCCCCAGGGGACCCCCAGAGCCCGGCCCAGAGCAAGCUGGAGGGGGCUCAUCCAUCCGGGGGGGUUUGAUCCCAGUCUGGGGGGGUUUGAUCCCAGUCUGGGGGGGUUUGAUCCCAGUCUGGGGGGGAUUGAUCCCAGUCUGGGGGGUUUGAUCCCAGUCCGGGGGGGUUUGAUCCCAGUCCGGGGGGGUUUGAUCCCAGUCUGGGGGGGUUUGAUCCCAGUCUGGGGGGCUCAUCCUGGUCUGGGGGGGCUCAUCCUGGUCUGGGGGGGCUCAUCCUGGUCCUGGGAGCUUCAUUCCAGUCUGGGGGGUUCAUCCCAGUCCAGGGGGGCUCAUCCCAGUCUGGGGGGCUCAUCCCUGCACCAGGGGGCUCAUCCCGGUCCGGGGGGUUUGAUCUCAGUGUGGGGGGGUUUGAUCCCAGUCUGGGGGGCUCAUCCUGGUCUGGGGGGCUCAUCCUGGUCCUGGGGGCUGCUCCAGAGGGGCUCAUCCCUGCACCAGGGGGUUCAUUCCAGUCUGGGGGGGCUCGUCCCAGUCCAGGGGGGCUCGUCCCAGUCCAGAGGGGCUCGUCCCAGUCCAGGGGGGCUUGUCCCAGUCCAGGGGGGUUUGUUCCAAUCUGGAGGGGUUCAUCCCAGUCCAGGGGGCUCAUCCUGGUCUGGGGGGGCUCAUCCCAGCUCCAGGGGCUCAUCCCAGCCCUCCAGGCACCCCCAGGAAAAGCCCCACGGCUGCUCCUUCUCCGCAGGGAUCGGGACGAGCGGAGCCCGGGGCGGGAGCAGCCGGAGCCUCCUCCAGGGCUGCCCAGAGCUCAGAACGCCGGGAACUUUCCCUGGGGAUUUGAACUAA